AUGUGGUACACAAAAGCCAGGAAGGUAAUAAGGGACAGAGGAAGAGUGAUCUACUACCCAGCCAAAGGCUUCCUUGAAGAAAGGCUGUGGAAUGGUAGGAAGAGGUCAAAGCGUGGUUCCACCCAACAAAUGCCUGAAGCCAGCCAUUCACAAAGGGGAUACAUACCAGAAUCUACUGUUACAGAGGAAAGGGCCCUCCAACUAAAGGAAUGGCUCAAACACAAUUCAGAGCCUUUCACCCAAGUACAGUUCUACAUGAGAGAGACGGUGUUAUGCAGGGCCAACUGGAUCCGCUCUCAUAGCUCCAAGGACAUACUUGAAAUCCUCAGAGAAUACCCUCAUCUCACCAGUCCAGGCAUGAUUGCGCAGGACUUCCAGGUGCUUCAUGGUGAGACCUGGCUCCAUGAAUACACUGAAAAGGUCCUGUACUUGGCCAAGCAGGACGAUAAACUUCCUUCACUCGAUGUGGAGGACAUGACACUGGAUGCCAAGGGCGAACUAGCUCUUAAACUGCUCCCCACCAUGAUGCCACAGACCGUCUACAAGUCAGUCUCCAGUCCUUUGAAAGGCUCGGCUGCAUCGGAAAACUCGUGUGAGAGCUCUUCCACCUGUGGGCUCUGA